CUCGGGCUCGAAGGUCGAGGGUUCGAGACCUGCUCCCUGCCUCUUUCAUUACAUUGGUGUCAGAAGUGAUCGGACCUUGCAUCCACGACAGUGCGUGUGCUUGGCCGGUGAGCGCGUUCCUGGGUUUAUGAGCGUGGAAAUCGACCCUGUGGCACAGUCGAUAGCUCGCCGGACCUCGGGCUCGAAGGUCGAGGGUCAAGACCUGCUCCCUGCUGUUUCAUUACAGUACUUUACACCACUGUCGGCUCGCUGGCCAAUGAAGUGGAUCUAUUACACUAAUGUGGAUCCUUUCAGUAGGCUACAACAACAUGAGAAGUGAGAAUGUGAAUUGUAUUUCUAAUCUCUCUUUCCCUCUCGGUGUGUAGCGAGUUUAGAAGGGGUAAGUGCAACGCAGUUAAAAUCCUAUCGUAAACUCAUUCCACAGCUAGCUUGAAAUGUCACCAAUGGAACAAUCGAAGUAGAUAUUUUUCCGUACUCAACAGUAGGUACGUUGUCAAGGAGAGCGGUCACAUGUUUGCAAGCAGCGGAUCACUGGUUGGAAUCCAGUAUGGGGGAAAGGGACCGUGGAGGAAGCUAUACUGUUACCAGACCCCCGUUUCACAGGGAUACUAGGAGAUCGAGUAGAGAGUUGGAGAAACAGGAGUACAACCACAUAUAGAAUAAUGGUUAGUUUAAAAAAACUUUAGUACAACUGAAUGCUGUCCUGCUGUGCUGAUUUGUCUUGUUGUGCGACUGACUGUACGGCAGCACAUUGCCGUCAAUACUUUACUCACAACGAAACAAAUGACCCAAGUGGUGACGACAGAGAGGAGAAAAGUGUCUUCUGUUUCUCGAUCCUCUUUGAGUAGAUGCCAAUUUCACGUCAAUCAGAAUUUCAAUGUGUUCCACUUAUACUCCAAGGAGCCUUGGAAACAGGGCUGAACACUGUGGAUGAUAACCUUGGUACAUAAAUCAUGGAAACAGGGCUGAACACUGUGGAUUAUAAACCUGGUACAUUAGUGAUGGAAACAGGGAUGAACACUGUGGAUUAUAAACCUGGUACAUUGGUCAUGGAAACAGGGAUGAACACAGUGGAUUAUAAACCUGGUACAUUAGUCAUGGAAACAGGGAUGAACACAGUGGAUUAUAAACCUGGUACAUUAGUCAAGGAAACAGGGAUGAACACUGUGGAUUAUAAACCUGGUACAUUGGUCAUGGAAACAGGGAUGAACACAGUGGAUUAUAAACCUGGUACAUUAGUCAUGGAAACAGGGAUGAACACAGUGGAUUAUAAACCUGGUACAUUAGUCAUGGAAACAGGGAUGAACACUGGAUUAUAAACCUGGUACAGUAGUGAAGGAAACAGGGAUGAACACUGUGGAUUAUAAACCUGGUACAGUAGUGAAGGAAACAGGGAUGAACACUGUGGAUUAUAAACCUGGUACAUUAGUCAUGGAAACAGGGCUGAACACUUGAGUCCUGCUGUUGACAGUUCAAUGUUUAGUGUCACGCUACACAGCUGGCUACAGACAAACACACACACACACCUGUUCCCCUAUGGCAAUAGAGCUAUUCUUUAAACAACCAGUUAACCCAGCUUUCAGUUUCAGAUAAAGUAUGUAUUAAUAAAAACAAAAAAGUUAUAUAAGUAAAGUCUGAUUUGAUUCAUGUGAUAAUGUAAUGAUUAAAACAGAAAUAUACAAAUGUAUGCUUUCCAGAAAAGAUCUCCUUCCAUUUGUCCAAGAGUAUUUCUCAUCCAUUUUGACCUAAUGCUACUCAAGCAAUGAUAUUCAGUCGACUCCAGAUAAGUGCAUUUUCUAUACUUACAAACUCUGUGUUAAGUAGAUUACAGUGUUUUGUCAGACCCAUUUCAAUCGCAUGUCUUUAUAAUUGCUCUUGAUAAUGACAUUCUCUGGUUUAGUGCACGCUGUCCAAUUAGUCCCAAGCAUACACUAAUAACAACGCUAUUACUCAAUUGAACUGUUUCGUGUUUCCACACGUAGUUAUGGAUUUCCAUUGUAAUUUAUCUGUAACUUGUAUUAAAACCCCCACCCACAUUGUGGCGCUGUGUUGUGUUUAUGGGCUCUCCACCCGCUUCUAAAAACAGAAAAAUAAAAUACGGAAAUAAAACGAGGAGUGUGUUUGUCACUAUCGUUCUUUCUUCAACUCUCAGUCGACUGAAACAUGUCUAAACUACAGUCGUUUCGUGUGUUUUUAAAUGAGCGUUUAACCGCGGCAGCUGUGGAGAUUUUGGGGGCAGUUGAAGAAACGGUAGCGGAGUACCACGAGGAGAAUGAUCGGCUACGGAGACUGCUGCGGAUCACACCGGAGAUAAAACUAUGUAGAAUAGAAUCUCUGCAACUCUCUGUCUUUGAGGUUCUCCCUGAGCAGCAGCACUGUGAGCAGGAGUGGAGCCCCAGUCUGGGGCAGGAGAACCCAGAACUUCCACAGAUUAAAGAGGAACAGGAGGAACUCAGGACCAGUCAGGAGGAAGAGCAGCUUCAAGGGCUGGAGGCUGAUAUCAUAGAGUUCAAAUUCACUCCUUCCUGUGUGAAAAGUGAAUGUGAUCAGGAGGACCCACUUCAGUCCUUGACUCUUCCCCAAACCCAGACUGUGGAUAACAGAGAGCGUGACCCUAAACAAGUGGAUCUCACACCUUUUGUUACUGUGACCCACCUUAAGGGUCUCUACAUUCCCUGUGACCCUCAAGAUAAUCAAAACAAUCUACCCAUCCAAAGCUCAACCUUAAGCAGCAACCCAGCAGCACUUGACAGCAGCCCGCCAUUGGAUCCCAGCCCGCCAUUGGAUCCCAGCCCGCCAUUGGAUCCCAGCCCGCCAUUGGAUCCCAGCCCACCAUUGGAUCCCAGCCCUCCAAUGGAUCCAAACCUAUCAAUGGGGGAACACUGUUUCAAACCCAGCACCACGUCUAAAAAAACCUCACCACUGCCGUGACUGUGGUGAAAUGUUUGCUCUGAAAGCUGACCUGAAGAGUCAUGCGACUCUCUUCAAGGAGAGACUCAGCGAAUGCAGCUUCUGCAGAAAACGCUACAAUUCCACCUGUAAAGUGACAGCCCAUGUCCGACUCUGUCACGGCAGGAAACCCUGCACCAGCCCUGUUUGUUGCAAGACUUUCAAACUUAAAGGAGAUCUGUCCAAGCACAUGAGGAUUCACACAGGGGAGAAAUCAUUUAGCUGUGGAGACUGUGGGAAAAGCUUCAAUCAAAAGGGGUCCCUAAAUAAGCAUACACUUACUCACACAGGAGAUAAACCUUUUAGCUGUGUUGACUGUGGGAAAAGCUUCAUUCAGAAGGGGAACCUAAGGAAGCAUAAACUGACUCACACAGGAGAUAAAUCAUUUAGCUGUGCUGACUGUGGGAAAAGCUUCAAUCAGAAGGGGAAUCUAAGGAACCAUAAACUGACUCACACAGGAGAGAAACCAUUUAGCUGUGCUGACUGUGGGAAAAGCUUCAAUCAGAAGGGGUCCCUAAAGAAGCAUAAACUGACUCACACAGGAGAGAAACCAUUUAGCUGUGGCGACUGUGGGAAAAGCUUCAAUCAGAAAUG